AUGGACCUCACACGCGCGUAUGGACCUCACAGGCACUCCGGCAACCACGGUGCUGGCGUUUGUGCAUCCGGAAUGGAGUCCUGUAACGGCGCGGAGUUUCCUGAACAACCACAAAAGGUCAUUACACCUGGGUACAUGCAGACACGCAAUGAUUGCUGCACGGAGACACGCAAUGAUUGCUGCACGUUGCCGCCGUCCCAGGCACAAGCCCAGAGCAUGCUAAACCCUAAGCAGGAGGUCAACCUUAAGUGCUCAUGCUCUAAUCACACGGUGGAGGACCUGAAGCAGAAGCUGGAGGUAGCGGAGCAGGAGAUUGAGGCAGAGAAGAAGACGCUGGAGGUAGCGGAGCAGAAGCUGGAGGACCUGAAGCAGAAGCUGGAGGUAGCGGAGCAGGAGAUUGAGGCCCUCAAAAGGCAGCUGCAAAAGCAGCAGCAGCAUGGCCAGUAAUGGAGAUGGUGUAUAAAGCCACCUUCCCACAAAUACUCAGCUGCUGGACGAGGCACUGUUGUGCUUCCCCAAUCUAUGUGCGUUUUUGUAGUUGGUGGGGCAGCCCCACCUAAGCAGGUGCAUUUGCAUGCCAAGUUGAAAACCUGGCUUGUUGCUCCGAUUCCAUUCAAAUGGCCAAACUUGCAGACCUAAUCACUAUAGAUAUAUGUGUGUUUAUGCAUCUGUCUGGGUGGCUGUUUUUGCUGUUAUAAGAUGUUUUUUCCUGGGGAGACCCCCGAAUUAGUCAGGAGCGCGAGAUUAUGGCUAGCUGCUGAGAUGUGGAGUUGAGGUUACAGUUGAUGGACCAGAUUCGCACGCUGGAUUGGUGGCGAUUGCCGGACCCUCUGUCUCUUCGGUUGUUCGGGUGAAUGGAUGAGGAGGGGUCCUUGAAGGCUGGAUCCGCCAUCCAGUUCGUAUGGCGUAGUACAGUGUGGUAGUGGUGGAUGGUGCUAUAAGGUGAUAAAUCCUAGAACUGACAAUGUGAUAAAGCGGCCCAGAAGCCUCCCACUCUGUAUCAUUACAUUACAUUACAU